UUGAUGUACUGUAGCUGUCAUUGUCAAAAUAAAAUUGGCGUUUGGUUUUGCAAUUUUAAAUUGCAAAAAAAUUAAUUUAUAUCAUUAUAUAAACAAAGUAAAAUAUUUGUUUAUUUGGUGUAGUAAAUAAAAUCUAGAGUAAAAUUUGUGGUUUAUCUUUGUAUAACAGAUAUGGUUCUAUUCUUCAUAUUACCUAACAGUCGGUAAACAUUUACGUAAUUUUGCUGUGGUUUGAUAAACACUCACAAGUUUGAUACAAUUUUAGUUAAAAAUGAGAUAGGUUAGAGUAAAACCGUGUUUUGAAGACGGAAGACGUAUUAUAAAGAUAUAUUCUGUGAUACAAUACAACAUAACCUGAAAAUGGGUGAUGACUUCUUUCGCGAUACAUGGGUUCGUUACUUGGGGUACGCGAACGAAGUUGGCGAGUCGUUCCGCGCCCUGGUCCCUGUCAAGGUGGUCCGCGCGAGUUACGCGGUCGCCUUCGCGUACUGUUUUGCCGACACGGCGCACAAGAGUCUGCGGGCGUUGAAGAACGACGGACGACCAAAGAAAGUGCUGAUAGAAGCGGGCGACGCUCUGAUAUGGCAGACCUUGGCCUCCGUUGUGAUCCCGGGGUUCACAAUUAACAGAAUAUGCGCAUACUCACAAAAAAACUUAGCGCAGAAGUUCCCCAAACUGCCCCCGAGGACCCGAGGGUGGCUGACGGUGGGAGUCGGCCUGCUUUCUAUACCGAUCAUAGUGCGGCCCAUAGACAUUGGGACCACUCUGUUCAUGAACCUCACUUACAGGCAGCUGUUCAAAUAGUCUAUGGUUCAUGGCUGUGUAGGUUUAGACUCAUUUGCCUUGUGAAAAAAAAGGAUGUCUAUGGUCAGGUAUUUUUUUUUUCAAUUUUAGUCGCCAUUGUGGAGUCGGGUUUUUGUAAAAGAAAUAGUGAGUUAUAAACGCUACAGUGAUACAUAUUUCAUGGGCGUUCAAUAAAUGAAUUAAGGUUUUCUUUAAGGUGACGGGCUAGCAACCUGUUGCUAUAUAAAGUCACUAAAUAUAUAUAUCUUACUAAUAUUAUAAAUGCGAAAGUUUGUAUGUCAGUAAGUAUUCAGUGAUAGUAGCAAGUGUAAAGAUGUAGUCUCUGCCUACCCCUCCGAGAAAAUGGCGUCAUUUUAUGUAUGUAAUAAUAAUAUAUUCAAAUUUAAAUAAAAAUCGCUAAUAAUUAGGCCAUCGAUGUAGAAGUGCCAUUUAA